AUGAACGGCGCCGCGGAUGGGUCGUGCGUGCUGCAGUUCGACGCGGCGACGGCGACGGAGUUCCUGCGGCUGCAGCGCGUGCUGAUGCGGCAGGACGCGAGCCGCGCCACGAACGCCGACACGCUGUCGUGGCUGUUCGACGCCGCCAAAGGGCGAAUCGACGAGCUGGUGUGGCGGGACGGCAAGCGCAUCCGAAUGACGGAGGAUAUUCCGGACAUCGCGGACAUCCUCCCCGCGCACAUCUGGCACAUCAUCUUCCGCCUCCUGCUGUUGCCGCCCGCCCGCCCCGACGAACCCGCCGACAACGCCGCCGCCGUCGGCGCCGCAACAGCAGCUGCAGCGGUAGCAGGCACCGGCGCCGCGCGGAGGAACCACGCCAACAACCGCCGCGCCACGUCGAAGCAGCAGCGGCGGGAGCAGCGGCAGCGGCAGCAGCAGGCACGGAAGCAGCAGGCACAGCAGCAGCAGCAGCAGCAGCAGCAGCAGCAGCAGCAGCAGCAGCAGCAGCAGCAGCAGCAGCAGCAGCAGCAGCAGCAGCAGCAGCAGCAGCAGCAGCAGCAGCAGCAGCAGCAGCAGCAGCAGCUGCAGCAGCAUCAGGCGCGGCAGCAGCAGCAGGCGGUGAGGCGCGGCGCGGCAGUGGUGGUAUUGAGGGACGCGCGGAGCACGUGGGGCGAGCAGCAGCGCAGCAAAGCGGCGAGCUACGGGCCCUCGUGGGCGCUGCUGUGCUGCGCGCUCGCCAGCAGGAGGCUGCUGCUCCACGUCCUCUCCUUCUCCGUGAGUGCUCUCCUGCCUACGCUGCUCUGCCAGCAUUCCUCUUCCACUGCUGAACUUGCCAAUGAGCCUACCGCCCUGGCAUUCAGCCAGCAGCACCCCGAGUGGAGCAAGAGCGUGCUGUACCUUCUCAGGUGGCCGCACCACCAGCUCUCCCUCUCCUUCACCUCCCCUCCCCAACUUCGCUCCCUCGGGCCCCACAUCGCAUGCUCCCGCCGCAAGCUCUCCUCCCUCUCCCUCAAACUUCGACGCACGGUAGACGGAGACGAGGAGCAGGAGCAGGAGCACGCACAAGGAGCGCACUGGUCCCUUGCUUUCCUCAAAGACUGCUCGCAGCUGCACCAGCUGAACCUGGGCCGCGGCAAGUGGGAUCUCACCAGCCAAUGCGCCGAUGCCACGUGGACGAAAUCCCUCCGCUGCCUCACCAUCAAGCACGUGGAUUGGACCAACAUCAACCUCGAAUUCCUCAAGCAAAUCACCCCGCAGCUUCUAGAAUUCACGCUCUAUGAGCCCGAGCCUUGCAGCAGCCUGGCACAUGGCCCCCAUGGGUCUCAUGGGCCCCACGGAGCCCAUUUCGGCGGCUAUUCUACAGCCUCCCUCCACCACAGCCUCUCCUUCUCUUUCUACGUCGCCCACCUCCUCCGCUUCCGCUUCCCCCACUGCGAUCUCAAGCCAUCGCUCACCGUCUCCCCCACGCUCAAGACUCUGUCGGUGGUGGCCAAACGGCUGGUCCUCUCCUGCAAGAGCGUCGCGCCUCUCGAUCUCGACCACCUCUCGCUGUACGGCCAGGAUCGUCUCGUCAUCUCCGCCCUCCGCCUCGCAUCUGCACGAGUGGCCUACCUCAACGGCCCUCCCAGCGAUGACCUCUCGUUCUCCUCCCCUCCGAUGAUUUAUUCCCAGCUGCCUCUAUACCUGCAGCACUUUCGCAGGGGGAGAUCGUCCUUUUCUUGGAGCACUUGGUUGCGUGCGAUUGCGCCUAAAGUGGAGGUGCUUAUAGUGAGGCACGGGGUGCCUAUAGAGAGGGUGAACGCGGUGUGGAGGAGCCUGCGCAGCCUUGGGAUUGUCGUGGGCGGCAAGGUUUGUCACGACCCGGACUGGGAGGCUGCGGUGGAUAGGUGCGAUGAGUACGGAGGCGGCGAGGAAGCGGAGGAUUAUAACGAGUAUCAGAGGGAUGUGCAGCAGCACCAGCAGCACCUGCAGCUGCAGCAGCACCUGCAGCAGCACCUGCAGCAGCAGCAACAGCAGCCACCGCAGCAGCAGCAGCAGCAACCACUUCUGCCCCCAACCAUCAAGGCUCCGAAUCUCAAGUCCAUUUUCUUCCCCACUCGCAUGCCCUACGCCUCACGCCAUCUUGCUGCCCUUCGCAUGGGCUUCCCCUCCCUCGCGCUUUUCUGUGUCAUUGAUCGCUCGUACUACUGGGAGCGGAAGGGGAUGAGGGUGAUGGGUGGGCCUGUGGUGCAUGUGAGGCAGGAGAAGAGCGGCGUGCUAAGGUGUCGGUUUGAUGCGAAGAAACGGGCGAAGAAUGUGAGGGAGAAGAUGCACAGUGUGAAUAGGGGGCUCGUGGAGGGGUAUAUUGGGGAGGAGGAUGAGCGGCACAUUCUGAAGUAUCAAGGGCGACAGUAG